AUGGCUCGUUUACCCCAAAGCGGAGGAUAUGGCACUGUAUACAAAGGAACCCUACCUGAUGGCCAUCUUGUGGCAGUCAAAGUCCUAAACGAGCCAAAGGGUAAUGGAGAAGACUUUAUUAAUGAAGUUGCAAGCAUUAGUAGAACUUCCCAUGUCAACAUAGUCAAGCUUUCAGGAUUCUGUUAUGAGAGGCAUAAAAGAGCUUUGAUCUAUGAGUUCAUGCCUAAUGGAUCCUUAGACAAGUUCAUACAAAAGCAAGGAUCUUCGAACACAAAUUUUCCUCGUUUAGAGUGGAAAAUGUUAUUCGAAAUUUCAGUAGGCGUCGCGCGAGGGCUGGAAUACUUACAUCGUGGUUGCAACACAAGAAUUUUGCAUUUUGACAUAAAGCCACAGAACAUUCUUCUAGACAAAGAUUUCUGGCCGAAAAUCUCAGAUUUCGGCCUUGCCAAAUUAUGCAAGACGGAGGAGAGUAUUGUGUCCAUGUUGGGAGCAAGAGGAACAGCAGGAUACAUGGCGCCAGAAGUAUUUAGUCGAAACUUCGGAGGAAUAUCUCCUAAAUCUGAUGUUUACAGCUACGGGAUGUUGGUUCUUGAAAUGGUUGGAGCAAGAAAGAAUUUGGAUUACGGAGGGUCUCAUACCAGUGAACUGUUUCCACAUAAUGUUUAUAAAGAUCUAGAGCUAGAGAAGGAUGAAAUUAUCUUGGAGGGCAUAUCAGAAGUGGGAAAAGAAGUAGCAAGAAAAUUGAUAUUGAUAAGUUUGUGGUGCAUUCAAACAAUUCCAUCUGAUCGGCCAUCAAUGAGCAAAGUAGUAGAGAUGCUGGAAGGGCCCCUUCAUUCUUUGCAAAUUGCACCGAAGCCUUUCUUAUUUUCUAGUCCAAUAUCUGGUGGAGACUCAUCCCAACCAUCUGUGAGAAGUUAA